AUGGCUAAUAACGCUGCAAAACCGAAGUUUAGCUUGAGACUUCUCAUUGAUGAGGAGAAAAACAGAGUUGUUUUGGCUGAAGCUGGGAAGGAUUUUGUUGAUGUACUCUGUAGUCUUUUGACUCUCCCUAUGGGUACCAUUGUAAGGUUGCUGGAGAAGCAUCAGAAUCCGCAGUCUUCAAUCGUUGGUUGUUUCCACAACCUUUACAAAAGUGUUUCAGGAAUGGACGUUGAUAACUUUGAGACUCACGCUUGUAAGAAUUUGUUGAUGUAUCCACGGAGUGCUAAGGCGAGUUAUUGCAGAAAGCUAAAGCUGAACAUUGAUGACACAGAGGUGACCAAGUUCUUUGUCUGCCCGAAUUUUAUAUCUACUGAAGCAUGCUCUAAGAAAUACAGUAAUGUUAGUACCUCGAGGUGUAGUUGUGGAAGCUCAAUGACCCGCGAGAUUCAGGUUGAAGGAGAGCAAGCUGAUGGUUGUUUAGGAGACAAAGCUGACGGAGUAUUUGUCAGCUGCCGAACGUCAUUUGUCAUCACCGAUGAUCUGAAAGUGGCAUUGAACUCUAUGGGUCUUGUGCUGAACGUCCUCAAUGACCUUGGCUAUGCUGGUUUUGAUAAGCUGCAAGAAAUGGUUAUUGAUGUUGGUUUUGAAGAGGUGCUAACUUUGCUAGGCUGUUUAUUCACUUCUGAAGCUCCUUUGACAGACUCAUUACUGAGGAAACAUUGUAUGGCAAGGAAACGUAAAAUGUUGACACCUUCGGUGCAAGAAACUGGAAUUACUACAGGAGAAGCUGACAAACUUUUAACUUUGAAAGUUUACGUUAGAAAGACAGACAGGGUGAUUCUUUAUGCAGAGUGCAGAGAAGAUUUUGUUGAUUUUCUUUUCACUUUUCUAGCCAUCCCGCUUGGGUUUGCUUGGGAACUUUCUCUUGACAAUGUGAAUAUGGGCUGCGUUGGUAAUCUGUGCAGAAGCCUGAAGGGGUUGAGCUUUGAGCAGCCGGAAAAAUCCAAAGUUUUCAAAUUCGUGCUUCCUUUUUUUUACGAUUGUCGACCACAAUUCCUUGAUGUUGAUGUCGAGGAAAUUCCCGAGUAUGAAUGUUUAAUUAACAGAAAAAGUUAUGGUUGUAGCAAGCUCUGCAAAAAGUAUCAGAAGAACGUGCUGGCCCAAGGUGAAAGAAUUGCCAAGAUGAUUUCAAUGGAUUCAAAAAUCAGUGUCGCUUCAGAUUCAACUAGUAUGAGACUUGUGAAGGGAGAAACGAAUUUCAUAGUUUCAGAUGAUCUGGUUGUCAAUCCUAUGAACUCGUCCUCAACCGUUUCAUUACUAAGCAAGUUGCAGAUGAGCAUUAGCGAUAUCGAGGAGCAAGUGAUUAGCUUUGGCAAAUCUGAAGCCACCAGCUUGCUUAGAGCUUCCUUGAUCACAACCUCAGCCUUAACCAAUGGUCUCUCGAACUUUCUCUCAAAGGUGAAGCCAACAGAAGGAACUCCAUCGACAUCUAAGAUACCAAAAAUCUGA